AUGGCUGCUGUCGUAGCCAAACCCGCCGGAACGGCCACCAAGAUGAAGAAACCUCCUCCGCCGCUAGUCCAGACCAACAUGAACGGCGGACGGCAAACUGCGCCAUCUGCAUCCCCCUCCAGUGUCCCGAAAUCCCUCCCCGGACAGAUUGCGACCCCUACCACGGCAACCGCCAACAGUGCCACCACGGUGAAUGGCACAGGCACAGGCACAGCCCGGCCCAAUCGACGGCUCCAGCGUUUGACUACGAGAAACAACGCCUCUGAGGGCGCUUCUGCAGACAAGAAGAGUUCCAAGAAGUUCCCCGAGCCCUAUGUACCCAAGGAGUCCCACAUCCUGCGAAAGUACAAAGGCUGUGCUCCAUCUCUGAUUGUCCACCUCCACCCAACCCAUUUUCGCUUCGACCAGCAGGAUGGAAGUUUCAGCUAUCAUUCCGAAAUGCGCAUCUUCAUUGAGCAUCUCCAGAAAGGCACCAUACCCCAUGAUAUGGUUGAAGAAUUCCGAAAGUCAGAAGUCAGAUACUACGAGGGCUGGUUGAUUGUUCGGGUGGUGGACCACAAGUCUGCGGCUAAGGAAGUCGCUGCAAAUGGCGCAGGUGCAGAUGAUGAAAAGCUGUUCUCCAUUCACAACUACAACCAGUACAUUACCCCGUCUCCCUACGCACCAUAUCCUUCAAAGGAACAGCCAGUGGCCAGAUCACCGCCCAUGAAACACGAACACCAGGAUUCUGUCUCCAGUCAAGUUCCAAAUACCUUGAAUUCCACCGACACUAUCGAUGUCGCUCCAAAGUCUACCAAGCCUCAGCCCAGGAUCUACCAUGUUGCACUGCGACCUACCAUCCUGUCUAAGCACAUGGAUCUUGUCAUAGAUGCCAUGACCCCAGACCCAAAAUCAAUAAACCGCAAGCAGUCUCAAGCCAAUGUCAGCAGCAGAGCGCCUGGUUCCGGUGCGCCGCAGACUCCAAUGUCCGGUAUGCCCGCGACUCCGUCCACGGAGAAGGGCCACCCACUAAAAAAGCAGAAGUUGAAGAUCGACCCCAAAGAUAUGCUGGAGUAUGAAGCUCGAGUGGUGAAUGCGACCGCUCCUCCCUUGUAUCUGGAUCCUGUCGAAAGCCUAGAAGAGGCCGAUUCUCUCAUUUCAAUGCUCAAGGACCCCUAUCACGAUGCCAGGCCACCGUCACCCAAGAGCAGAAAGAGGACCGUCGCCGAAUUAGCGGCAGAGGAUGCCCACGCCAAGCAGCAAGAACGGUUCAUGCUCAUCAUGGAUGAACGUACUGCUGAUGCCGCUAAUGCCGGCAAUGUGGACGGCCAGGCUGCUGCUGGUUUGUUCCAACCUCGAUUCGAAAAGUUCAACGCUCUCGAUGGUAUCAAGAGAGACAUCGCUGAACGGAAGCAACGUGAGAAAGACCGACAACUGCAAGAGGACGAAAACAGGAGAGGCCAACAGGAAAGGUUGCAAGAAGAGGAGAAGAAACGCAUCAUGAUGCAGCGAGCUCAAGAGGCUCGAAUGCUUCGAGCUCGCCAGCAGGAAAUGCAGGCGGCGUAUGCCGCUCAACAGCAACAGCAAGGCCAGCAACAGCCACAAGUUCAAAAUCCUGGACAGGUUGCCCAACGCCCUCAGUCACAACAAGUCAAUGGUAUUCCACCCAACAUUCAGAAUCAAAUGAUGGCCGCUGCUCAGCAACGGGGCUCACCAAUCAUUCGCCAAGGUACUCCACAUGCCGCCUCUUCACCAGUGGUUACCUCGGCCACUCAAGGAGGGCAGCCCAUGGCUAUGUCGACUUCUCAGCAAGGUCAUGGUUCUCCUGGAAGGCCAGGCUCAGCUAUACAGCACGCUCAUCCAACUGCAUCCAUGUCGAGAGUUCCCAGCAACCAAGGUCAACCUAGCCGAAAUGGCACGCCGCAAUUGACACACGGCACACCUGCUGCGAGAAAUGCGACCCCGAUUCUCCGACAAGGAACUCCUUCUCAACAUAUGACACAAGCUAGUCCUCAUGGUAGCAUGGCAGCACCCACCCCGCAGAUGAUGCAGGCCACAAUGAUGCAAGGCCAAAUGGUUAAUGGUGGCUCUCAGCCUAUGAAUCCCCAGCAGAUCGCUCAAAUGCAGCGUCGCCAUCAUACCUUGCAACAACAAGCAGCAAUGUCACAGGCCGGGUUGGUAAAUGGAACUCCACAAAUGGCGCAAGCUCAAAUGGCCCAUCUACAAGCUCAACAUCAUGCUCAGGUAGAUCGUCAAGCUGCAAUACAGAGACAGCAGGCCCAACAGCAGCAGCAGCAGCAGCAGCAGCAGCAGCAACAGCAACAACAACAACAACAACAACAACAACAACAACAACAACAACAACAACAACAACAACAACAACAACAACAACAGCGAGAGCAGCAGCAGCAGGCUAUGCAACAAGGGACACCGCAGAGUCAGCACAUGUCGCCAGCUUCUCAAACUACUAAAUCGUACAAUCAGUCUCUAGCCGAGUCCAUGAAAGCCCAGAUGCAAAACCUGCAGCAGGGCCAGACACAUGGCUCGCCUGCUCCAAACCAUAUGACUCCGCAGCAACAAGCAGUUCAAAUGGCGCAUGUGCAGCAGCAACAGCAACAGCAGCGAAUGAUGGCCGCACAAGCACAAGGGCAGAUGAUGGCCGCUGGUAUGCAACAGCAGCAGCAACAGCAGCAACAGCAACGACCUUCCAGCCUAGGCCCGUAUCUGCAGCAAGUCUAUAAUACCACACUGCAAGCCUAUCAGGGGAGAUUCAUGACUCAAGCCGCUGCAAAAUAUCAAGGUAAUACAAAUAUGCUGCAGCCCAAUGAGAUACAUCAGAUCGGUCUGCAAGCAAGACAAGCUGCCAUAGCUGCGGUUAGAAAACAGCAGGCAGCACAAGCAGCACAGAAUCCGGCUCAGCAAAAUGCCAUGCAGAACAUGAAUGCUAUGCAAUUGCAACAGGCUCAGCUCAGGCAGCAGGCAGCGCAGCAAGCUGGAGGCAUGCCGAAUGGUAUGGGCGGUAUGAACAUGAACCCUAACAUGGCUCAAGCGAUUCAGCAACAGAAUGCACAGCAAAUGCAGCAACUACAAAUGCAGCAUGCCCAGGCCCAGAUCAUGGCGGCCCAGCAACAUCAACAACAGCAGCAGCAAGGUAUGCAGUUCCCACAACAAAGAUGA